CUACCGGUCAGUCCCUGCAUGCUGACGCUGGAGAGCAGAGCUGGGCGAGCAGCAGAGUGGGGUGCUGGCACCAGGAUCUGCAGGACAGAGGUAUUGGUGUGAGGCUGAAGCUCCUGACUCUCCUCCUGCCCCAAUCCCAGGGUGAUGGAGAGCCACGGGGCAGCUCCCCGGUUCCUGGCCUACCCACGUGCCUUCACAGCACAAAGCGGCUCCGACGCCAUGCUGAGGUGCCAGAUUGCAGGUGACCCCCGGCCCAGCGUGCUCUGGGAGAAGGACACAGCCCUGAUCCAGCCUUCAGGCCGCUUCUGCAUGGAGGCCAAGGGGGAUGUGUACAGCCUACGGGUGUCCUGCGUCACCCCGCAGGAUGGCGGCCUCUAUGUUUGCAAGGCCAAGAACUGCAUUGGUGAGACUUAUGCUGCCGCCACGUUGCGAGUGGAGGCUGGUGAGCAUCAGCAGGAGGAGGAGGAGGAAGGCCAUGCUGGCAGCCGAGCUCCCACCUUCCUGGUGGGGCCCUCAUCGGUGCGGGUGUGCCGUGGGGAGGACGUGACCUUCUCAUGCCGAGUCUUGGGGCAACCCUGCCCGCUGCUGGAGUGGGAGAAGGACGGCUGCAAGCUGUGUGACCUCUUCGAGAGCAGCCACUUUGCAGUGGGCCGGCAGCCUGAGGACUGGCACUACCUCAAGCUGUUUGGAGUCCGACCCCCGGACGCGGGGGUCUACGUGUGCCGGGCACGCAGUGGCUCCAAGGAGGCCCUGGCUGCAGCUGUGCUCCUGGUGGAGCCCUGGUACUCCCCUUCUGACAGCACCCAACCAUGGCAACAGCGACACGGGAGCACUGACACCUGGGCACCAGCACCCAAUGGCACACCAAGAGCCAAGGCAUUCGCUGUCAGCGCGGGGAAGCACGCCAAGUUCCGCUGCUAUGUCACCGGCAAGCCCAAGCCAGAGAUCAUCUGGCAAAAGGAUGGCAAAGUUGUGGCCCCCGGCCGCCGGCACCUGGUCUACGAGGACCGCGAGGGCUACUUCAUCCUGAAGGUGCUGUACUGCCGACCCCGGGACCAGGGGCUGUAUGUUUGCACUGCCUCCAACACGGCUGGGCAGACAUUGAGUGCCGUGCAGCUGCAGGUGAAGGAGCACCGGCUGCGGUUCCAGGUGCCAUUGGAGGACGUGGAGGUGGCAGAGCGGGAGGAUGCAGUCCUGGAGUGCCAGGUGCCACUGGGGAGCAUCCCCACCUCCUGGUUCCUGGAGGACCGGGAGCUGCAGCCCAGCCAGAAGUACGUGAUGGAGGAGUGCGGCGUGGUGCGGCGUCUGACCAUCCGCGAUGCCCGCACCGACGACGACGGUGUCUACCUCUGCCAGAUGAAAGACCGGGGCCGCAGCGUUGCUGAGGUCUCCGUCCGAGGGCUGAUCGUGAAGAGGCUGCCACGGAAGCUGGAUGUGAUGGAAGGAGAGAAUGCGGCUUUCUGUGUGGAGACGCGGGAGGCCAUGGAGGGGAUCUGCUGGAGCCGCAAUGGGCUGCAGCUGCACGAGUCACCACGCGCUGUGCUGAAGAGCUUCGGCAGGACACACCUCCUGGUGCUGGUGCACGUCACCCGUGAGGAUGCGGGCAUCAUCUGCUUCUCUGUCGGGGAGUCACUGACAUCCUCCCAGCUCCGCGUCAAAUGUGUGAAGCGUGACCCUCCCAGUGCACCUAUGGCAGCCCAGAUGAGCACGGAGCAGAGCAACGCAGCCCUCCUGACGUGGUGCCCUGCACCCGAUGUGCACCAUCGCCCUCCCAGCACCUACAUUCUGGAGCGGCGUGAGGCGGCAGGCAGCAGCUGGGUGCAGUGCCUGAGCACUGAGCUGCCCGGCCGCGUGCAGGUGCUGGGUGACAGCGUGCCCCGCGAGGCUGACUACUGCUUCCGAGUCUGUGCCGUCAACAAGCACGGCCGCAGUGACCCUGUGGAAUUCCCUGGCUGCGUGCAUCUCGUGCCAGCUGUGCGCCUGGAGAGGGGCCUGCAGGAUGCACGGGUGCGGGAUGGUGAGGAUGCACGCUUCUCUGUGGAGCUGUCGGCCUCGGUGCAGGGUGAGUGGUUCCUGAAUUGCACAAGGCUGCAAAGCGAGGAGAGCGGGCGCUUCAGUGUGCAGCACUGUGGGACGGAACACUCGCUGAUCAUCCACUCAGCAAGGCUGAGAGAGAGUGGUACACAUGUCACCUUUGUGGCCAGCGGUGUGCGGGACUCGGCCAGGCUGCAUGUGCAAGCCCCACAGGCCCACAUCGCCCCAGUGCCUGAGGCACGGCAGCUCCGGGAGCUGCUGGCAGGGCAGCCGCUGCUGCUGGAGUGUGAGGUGAGCCCGGCGGGUGCCCCUGUGCACUGGCUGAAGGAUGGUGAGGCUGUGGUGCCCAGCGAGACCCUGAGCAUCCAGUCAGAGGGAUGCUGGCGGAGGCUGCACAUCCCCACGGCUGUGCCAUCGGACUCGGGGACGUACACAUGCGAUGCUGGGGACGACACCGUGAGCUUUGUGGUGACCGUGAGCGAGGCACCAGUAAGGAUUGUCAGCUCCAACGAGGAGACCCCACACACCUAUGUGGCCGGGCAGCGUGUGGAGCUGUGGUGCCAGCUGUCCCGUGCCGAGGCCCCAGUGCGCUGGUACAAGGAUGGGGAGGAGGUGGAGGAGGGUGAGAGCCUGGUGCUGGAGCGAGAGGGACCACGGUGCUGCCUGGUGCUGCCCUGCGCCCGCCCGCAGGACACAGGGGAAUUUGUCUGCGAUGUGGGUGGUGACUCUGUCUUCUACACCAUUACGGUGGCAGAGCCACCGGUGAGGAUCGUCAGCUCCAACGAAGCAGCCCCACACACCUAUGUAGCCGGGCAGCGUGUGGAGCUGUGGUGCCAGCUGUCCCGUGCCGAGGCCUCAGCGCGCUGGUACAAGGAUGGGGAGGAGGUGGAGGAAGGCGAGAGCUUGGUGCUGGAGCGCGAGGGGCCACGGUGCUGCCUGGUGCUGCCCUGUGCCUGCCCGCAGGAUGCAGGGGAGUUUGUCUGUGACGUGGGUGGUGACUCUGUCUUCUACACCAUCGUGGUGGCUGCUCCACAGGCCCACAUCACCCCAGUACCUGAAGCUCAGCAGCUCCGGGAGCUGCUGGCAGGGCAGCCGCUGCUGCUGGAGUGUGAGGUGAGCCCGGCGGGUGCCCCUGUGCACUGGCUGAAGGAUGGUGAGGCUGUGGUGCCCAGCGAGACCCUGAGCAUCCAGUCAGAGGGAUGCUGGCAGAGGCUGCACAUCCCCACGGCUGUGCCAUUGGACUCGGGGACGUACACAUGCGAUGCUGGGGAUGACACCGUGAGCUUUGUGGUGACCGUGAGCGAGGCACCAGUAAGGAUUGUCAGCUCCAACGAGGAGACCCCACACACCUAUAUGGCCGGGCAGCGUGUGGAGCUGUGGUGCCAGCUGUCCCAUGCCAAGGCCCCAGUGCGCUGGUACAAGGAUGGGGAGGAGGUGGAGGAGGGUGAGAGCCUGGUGCUGGAGCGAGAGGGGCCACGGUGCUGCCUGGUGCUGCCCUGCGCCCGCCUGCAGGAUGCAGGGGAGUUUGUCUGUGACACUGGAGACACUGCUGCCUCCUAUCACGUCAUGGUGGCAGAGCCACGAGUGAGGAUUUUGCACCCUGUGCAGCGCUCGCUGGAGCUGCCAGUGCUGGCGCCAGGGCACGUGGAGCUGCGCUGUGAGCUGUCUGUGCCUGAUGCUGCCGUGCGCUGGUUCAAGGAUGGGCUGGAGGUGGAUGAGACCAACAAUCUGCGACUGCUGGCUGAUGGUGCCUGGCGCUGCCUGCUCAUCCCCAGGAGCAGUGCUGAGGACACAGGGGAGUACAUCUGUGAGAGCAAGGAUGAAGCUGUCUCAUUUGAUGUCAAGGUGACAGAGCCCCCAGUGAAGAUCCUGCAGCCACAGAGACCUCCACCUGUUGUAAAGGUGUCCCCAGGGGAGACGGUGAUGCUGUCCUGUGAGUUGUCCCGUGCUGAUGCACCCGUGUGCUGGGCCAGGGAGGGUGUCCGGCUGGAGGCGGGGGGCAGCUGGGUGCUGGAGGAGGAUGGUGCCCACCGUCGCUUGCUCAUCCCUGCUGCUCAAGCUGAGCAUGCUGGAAAAUACUUCUGCGAUGCGGCUGAUGAUGCGGUGACAUUCACUGUCCAGGUGUCAGACCCUCCAAUCAGGAUCCUGGAGAAAGAUGCACUGCCAACCUGCCGACGCUGCCGAGCCAUGGAGGAUCUGGUGCUGGAGGUGCAGCUGUCACAUGCCCAUGGGGAGGUGAAGUGGUACAAGGACGGGGAGAAGCUGCAGGACACGGGGCAUGUGCGGCUGGAGGAGGAUGGGCAGCGCCGGGCACUUGUCAUCCUGGGUGCCACAGAUGGGGAUGCGGGGGAGUACCUCUGUGACACCCGAGAUGACAGUGUCAUCUUCUGCGUCACCGUGGAAGGUAACAGGGAGCAUAUAAAGUGGAGAUGGGCUGAAUGGGCAGGCAAGCACCCAGUGUCAUGGUGUGUCUCUCCAGCCCCAGAGCCACCAGUGAGCAUCGUGGGGAACCUGGGCACCACAGAGCAUCGCUGCCUGGUGGCUGGGCAGGACCUGGUGCUGGCCUGUGAGCUGUCCCAGCCCGAUGCUGCCGUGCGCUGGCUGCGGGAUGGCCAGGAGCUGCAGCCAGGGGAGCGGGUGUGCAUUGUGGCCCGUGGGGCACUGCGGGAGCUCACUGUGCGUGGAGCACAGCCUGGGGACUCAGGGUACUACGUCUGUGAUGCUGCCAGCGACCGCAUGGUGACGAGCGUGGAGGUGACAGCCCAGGCUGUGCGAAUUGUGAACAAGGAGGAAGCACAGAGCCCACUGGAGGUGCAGGAGGGAGACAGUGUGACGCUGGUGGCCCAGCUGUCCCCAGAGACAGCGGUAACACAGUGGCAGAAGGAUGGGCAAAUGCUGCUCUCAGGUGGGCGGCUGCUUGUGUGCAGUGAGGGUCCAGCACGCAGCCUUACCAUCAAGCAGGUGGAACUGGGAGAUGCCGGCACCUUUCUUUGCGAUGCUGGGGACGACGAGGUGUACUUCACACUGCAUGUGAAAGAGGCACCGGUGCUGUUUGUGAACAAGCAGGAGGAGCGGGAGAAGCUGCUGGUGCUGGAGGGUGGUAGUGCCGUGCUCUCAGCUGUCGUGUCCAAGGAGCGAGCUGACAUCACCUGGCUGUGCCCCCAGCAGCUCAUGGUACCCAGUGAGCGCUGCCAGUUGCGUUGUGAUGGCCGUGUGCACAGCCUGGUCCUCAGCAAUGUGGCCAAGGAGGAUGCUGGAGUCUACACCUGCCUGUCCCCUGAUGACCAGAUGCAGUUCGACAUCAGCGUGCGGGAGCUGCAGGUGAAGUUCCUGCGUGGGCUCUCGGAUGUGCGGGCACAGCAGGGUGAGACAGUGGUGUUGUGGUGCGAGUUGUGCAAGGCCCGUGGCGAUGUGGUGUGGCUGAAGGAUGGGCGGGUGCUGGAGCCUGAUGCACGCCGCGAGGUCCGGGUGCAGGGCCGGGAGCGCUCGCUGGUGCUGAGCUGUGUGAGGCCUGAGGAUGCUGGGGAGUACUGCUGUGAGUCCAACAAUGACCGCACGCUGGCCACGCUGACGGUGCAGGUGCGCAGAGUGGUGGAGAUCAUCGUGGAGCUGCAGAGCCUGAUGGUGCUGGAGGGAGACGAUGCCACCUUCAAGUGCAUGGUGUCCCCCGAGGACGUGGCGGUGACAUGGCAGCUGGAUGGGCAGCCAGUUGUGCCCAGUGAGCGGCUGCAGGUGGCCAGGAGUGGGCUGUGCCAUAGCCUCACCAUGCGGGGCUGCCAGCCAGGCGACGCAGCCACUGUGACAGCCAAUGCUGAGGGGCUGCUGAGCACAGCCCGGCUCAGUGUGCAAGAGGCGCAGGUGCUGUUUGUGCAGAAGCUGCGGGACAUGGUGGCCGAGGAGCAGCAGGAUGUGUGCCUGGAGGUGGAGGUGAGCCAUGAAGCAGCUGAGGUGCAGUGGCUGAAGCAAGGUGUGCUCCUGCAGCCCAGUGACAAGUACCUGAUGUGUGAGUCGGGGUGCCGGCGCACCCUCACCAUCUGCUGUGUCAGCCCCUCUGACCGUGGCACCUACCGCUGCGAGAGCCUGCACGACCGCACACAGGCCAAGCUCAGCGUGGAACCCCAGAAAGUGUCAAUCCGGAGGCCACUGGCUGACGUGGAGACCUUCGAGAAGCAGACAGCCACCUUCCUGCUGGAGCUGUCUCACGCCGGUGUGCCUGGGGUCUGGACACGUGGUGGUGUGCGGGUGAAGCCCAGUGCCACGUGCCGGGUCAGUGCCACAGGCUGUACACACAGCCUGACACUGGAGGGGCUGGCACUGGAGGACUCAGGCACCAUCACCUUCACUGCUGACACUCUGCGCUGCAGCGCCCGCCUGCUCGUGCGGGAGCCUCCCAUCAGCAUGGUGAAGCUCCUGCAGGACCUGGAGGUUCCAGAGGCAGGGACUGCCACCUUCGAAUGCGAGCUGUCCCGUCCCAGCGCUGAGGUGAAGUGGCUCAAGGAUGGAAUGGAGCUGCGGCCAGGCCCCCACUGCCGCAUGUACUCUGCGGGUCGGCGCCGCCUCCUGCAGCUCAACCACUGUGCACUGCCUGAUGCUGGCAUCUACACCUGUGAGGCAGGUGACUGCCAGGCCUCCGCCACACUGCGUGUCCAUGAGCACCAGGUCCACAUAAUGCAGGAGCUGCAAGAUGCUUGUGUGCAGGAAGGUGACAAUGCCGUGUUCAUGUGUGAGGUGUCCCAUGGUGAUGUUCUGGGUGAGUGGUUCCGUGAUGGGGAGAAGAUCAAGGUGUCCAGCACGGUGAAGAUACGGCAAGAAGGCACACGGCACUUCCUGCUGCUCUGCACCGUGCGCCCUGAAGAUGCGGGUGCCAUCCGUUUUGCGGCCAGGAUGGCUAGUUCAGAGGCCAGCCUGAAGGUGGAAGUGCUGCCCAUCCGCAUUGUGAAGCCGCUGCGGGACAAGACGGUGCUGGCACGGCACAAGGCGACGCUGGAGUGCAUGGUGUCACACGCCCGGGGCCGCGUGCGCUGGCUGCGUGGAGACACCGAGAUCUUUGCCAGUGAUAAGUAUGAGAUCUGCAACCUGGACUGCUAUCGCACACUCAUCAUCCACUGUGUGGGACGUGAGGACGAGGACUCGUACACCUGCGAUGCCUUCGAUGACCGCUCCACCGCACGGCUCCUGGUGGAAGGGAGUUAGAAGCUGGGGUGCACACGGAGUGCACGGACCUCAGGUCCCCCAGCCCCCCGGUGCAGCCCUCACCUCGGCACAGCAUUCUGAAAGGCUCUUUACUGUGUGGCCGUGGCCUCAGCAGCGUUUGGCACAUUUACAAAAGAGGCUGAAAAGGGGGACGGCGGCGGCGCGGCGCUGCAGAGACGGCGUGGCAGAAACAUGCAGUUCCUGGGGUGGCAGCCGGGGACGGGACAGCACCCAGGGGCACCCCACUCUGGUCCCCCCACAUCCCGCCUGCGGGGAGGUCCUGGCUCACUCCGUAAUAAAUUAAUACAAAUCACA